AUGGCCUCGGCUCCAGCUGCUACGCCUGCCGCUGUGCCGGCCGUACCGGCCGUCCCGCGUAAGAAGCUCACGAACUAUGUGGGUUUCGCGAAUUUGCCAAACCAGGUUCACCGUGCUUCCAUCCGUAAGGGAUUCACAUUUACUGCCAUGGUAGUAGGUGAAACUGGUCUGGGAAAGUCUACCCUGAUUAACACUCUCUUUAACACCAACCUUGUUCCUAGCGGCGAGGAGCGUGUGGUAGGCCGUGAGCCGACGCAGACUGUCGGCAUUGAGACCAUCAGUGCUGACAUUGAAGAGAACGAAGUGCGUCUUCGUCUCAACCUCAUCGAUACCCCUGGUUUCGGUGACUUUGUGAACAAUGAGAACGCCUGGGAGCCUAUUCUCCAGACCAUUCGUGCUCGUUUCGAUGCGUACCUCGAGCAGGAGAACCGCACGAGCCGCUCGAAGAUUGUCGACAACCGUGUGCAUGCGCUUCUGUACUUUAUCCAGCCGACAGGCCAUGCUCUGCGUCAGAUUGAUCUUGAAUUCCUGACGCGGCUUCAUAAGCUCGUGAAUGUAAUUCCGAUCAUUGCCAAGUCGGACACCGUGGCGGAGAGCGAUAUGCAGACCUACAAGCAGCGCAUUCUGCGUGACUUGGAGUUCCACGGUAUUGACAUUGUAAAGCUCUCGACGCUUGGUUACGAGGAUGAGGAGAUGAUUGCUGAGGUCAAUGAGAUCCAGAACCGCUUGCCGUUCGCUAUUGUCGGCUCGAACGACCUGGUGAAGACAGUGGAUGGCCGUGUCGUGCGUGGUCGUGCCUACCCAUGGGGUGUGAUUGAGGUCGACAACGAAGAACACUGCGACUUUGUGAAGCUUCGUCAGAUGCUCAUUCGCUCGAACAUGGAGGAUCUUCGUGAGUUGACUGAGGUUUUGUACGAGAAUUACCGUGCUUCGAAGCUCCAAGAGCUCGGUAUUUCGCAGGACGACAGCGUGUUCAGCGAUGUCAACCCGUCAGCAAAGCAGGCCGAGGCUCGUGCAGUGCACGAGGCCAAGCUGGCAAAGAUGGAGAGCGAUAUGAAGGCUGUGUUCCAGCGCAAGGUCGCCGAGAAGGAAUCGAAGCUGAAGCAGAGCGAGGAGGAGCUGUACGCUCGCCACCGCCAGAUGCGUGCUGCUCUGGACCAGCAGCGUCAGGAGCUGGAGGAGCGCAAGCGCCGUCUCCAAAACAGCCUGCGCUAA